AUGCCGCUCCAACGCCUGGAGAUCGAAAACUUCAAAUCCUACCGCGGCCACCAGGUCGUCGGUCCCUUCAAUGCCUUCACGGCUGUCAUCGGCCCCAAUGGUAGCGGCAAGUCCAACCUCAUGGACGCCAUCUCGUUUGUGCUUGGCGUCCGCUCUGCACAGCUUCGAUCCAGCCAACUUAAGGAUCUUAUCUUUCGAGGUCGCAAGAUGGGCAGGGCAGGUGAGGGCAUCGACGACGAUGACGAUGCCUCGGGCUCCGACGACGACGACCAGGGCGAAGGCACCGCCACCAAAGCCAGUGUCACCGCCAUCUACGAGGAUGGCAAAGGCUACGAGCAUCGUUUCCAGCGUUCCAUCACCAUCUCCGGAAACAGCGAAUAUAGGUACAAUGGUCGCGCUAUCCAGUACGCGCAGUACAACGCCAAGCUCGAGCAAUUCAAUAUCCUUGUGAAAGCCAAAAACUUCCUCGUCUUCCAAGGUGACGUUGAAGCCGUCGCUUCCCAGGGCGCCAAGGAGCUCAGUCGCCUCAUCGACCAGAUCAGCGGCUCGCUCGAACUCAAGGACGAAUACGAGCGUGCCAAGCAGGCUCAAGAACGUGCCACCGACAACUCCACCUUCAACUUCAACAAGCGCAGAGGCAUCAACUCGGAGCUCAAGCAGUUCCGUGAGCAGAAGAGCGAAGCCGAAAAGUUUGAGCGUCUUCAGCAAGAGCGAGUCCAGCACAUUCUUAACCACAUCCUCUGGAGGCUCUUUCAUAUCAACGAGGACAUCGAGCUCAGCACCGACUUUGUCAAGACCCAGGCCAAGAACAUGCGGCCUUUGCGCACCGAGCACAAAAAGGCUGAGGACGCUGUGCUGCGUGCCCGACGAGAUCAGGGUCAAACACAAACCGAGAUCCUCCAAGUUGAAAAGUCGAUCAAGCGCAAGCAGCGCGAUGUCGAGGACCUCCGCCCUACGCUCGACGCUUACGAAGAAAAGAUUGCCAUCUCGCGCAAAAAGCUCGACAACGGCGCUCGCAUGACCGAGCAGGUCGAGCGCGACCUUGCCAAGCAGCAAGCCAAUCUGGCCAAGCUCGAGCGCGAUCGCGAAACCGUUCAGCGAGCCGCAGAUCGUGCUGCUCAGGAGCAGCAGCGUGCGCUCGAAUCUGCCGGUCUCACGCUCAGCGAGGCCGACCUGGGCGAAUACCACAAUCUCAAAGCACAGGCCAAUCUCGAAGCGGUUGCAGAACGCCAGGAGCUCGACGGCCUCAAGCGAGAUGCCAGAAUCAAAACGGACGCUGUCAAGGAUUUCCAGGACAAGUCGGAGCAAUUUUCAAAGCAAAAGGACAAGCUCAAGGACGAAGAGUCGACCCUCUCGGAAAGGCACUCGUCGCUUGAGGCCAAGCGCAAUCACAUCAUUACGGACCUGCAAGCAGCUCGCGAUGAGCUCAACAGGACGCAAGCAAAGCAAACCGCCAUCAACCAGCGCGAGACCAAGCUCAACGAUACCCUCCAGGUCUGCUACAACAAGCUCUUGCAGGCCGGCAACGAUCUGAAGGAGGUGGAGCGUGAGGCUGCUAUGAAGGAGACCAUUUCAAAGCUGCAGCGCAUCUUCCCCGGUGUGCGUGGUCGUGUAGUCGAUCUCUGCAAACCUGUACAGCGCAAGUACGACACGGCCAUCUCGACUGUGCUCGGACGCAACACGGACGCCAUCGUUGUCGAUCAGGAAAAGACCGCCAUCGACUGCAUCGAGUAUCUCCGCAACACUCGUUCUGGCCAGGCCACCUUCCUUCCACUCGACCGAAUCCAGGCCAAGCCCAUCAACGACCGUCUGCGCAGCAUCGCAAGAGGUGCUCGUCUCGCGGUUGACGUAAUUCAGUUUGACGCUUCCAUCGAACGAGCCAUCCACCAUGCCUGCGGUAACGCGCUUGUAUGCGACACGAUGGACAUUGCUCGAUCCGUUGUUUACGACAAGAAGGUCGAGGCAAAGGCAGUCACGCUCGAAGGUACCGUUAUCCACAGGAGCGGUCUCAUCACAGGUGGUCAGUCCAGCUCGUCCGGAGGUAAGCGAUGGGAAGAGCGAGAGGUGCAAGGUCUAACCACUCAGCGUGACAAGUGCCUGGCCGAGCUCAAGGAGCUGCAAAAGGAGAAGCGCGCCUUUGUCAGCGACGAUGAGAUGGUCGCCAAGAUCACCGGUCUCGAGGCCGACCUCAGGUCCGCACAGGACGAGCUGGCUGCGGUCAGCACGCGUCUCACUGGCAUUCGAGAUGAACUCAAGAAUAUCGACAAGCAAACCAAAGAGAUUCAGCCGAAGCUGCGCACCGCCAAGAAUGAGCUGGACCAGUUGCAGCGAAAGAUGUCGACGCUCGAGACGGUCGUCGACCGCGAGGAGGAUCGCAUCUUUGCCAGCUUCUGCCGCCGAAUCGGGGUAGACAACAUCCGCGAGUACGAAGAGCGUCAAGUUCGUCUCAUGGAGCGUCAGAGCGAUGCCAGGCUUCAAUUCGAGUCGCAGCUGGCGCGUCUCAACCAUCAGGCCAACUUCGAGCGCCAGCAGAUCCAGAGCACCCAAGAACGUCUCGAGACGAUCCGUCAAGCCAUUACACGAGAAGGGCAGAAGCUGCAAUCGUGGGAGGCGCAGAAGCAAGGCAAGCAGGAGGAGCUGGACGAUAUGCUCGCAGAGAUUGAAGAGCUCCAGACCCAAUUGUCGCAACUGCAGACGCAGAACGAAGCAAAGAAGGCGACGUUGGAAGAGAAGCGUGUCGAGCUACAAAAGGCAUCCAGGCUGCUCGAUUCGCUGUCCAAGGAGAUUUCGGCGCGCAACGACGAGAUCGAGGCCCUCGGAUCGGAACGUGCGGCCAUCUACCGUCGAUGUCGUCUGGAAGAGAUUGCGCUGCCCUUGCUCAAGGGUUCUUUGGCGAAAGUGGGACUCGAAGAGACCAUCGACGUCGAUGCACCUAUGAACAUUGACGACGACGACACGCAAAAGCCGCUCACGGCCCCGGACUUUGGUAUUCAGGUCGACUUUAGCAGCCUCGACGACGAAGCCAGAGAGGACGGUGGUGCAUCGAUGGGCAACGAGCUGCAGACGCGCAUCGAGAGCAUCACAGCCGAGAUCGAAAAGAUGUCGCCCAACAUGAAGGCCGUCGAACGGCUGGAUGACACGGAAGCCAAGCUGGCCGAGACCGAAAAGGAAUUUGACCGUUCGCGUCGGCAGGCCAAAGAGGCGCGAGACGAGUUCAACCGGAUCAAGAAGCGCCGAUGUGAUCUGUUCAAUACGGCGUUCAACCACAUCUCGAAGAUGAUCGAUCCGACGUACAAGGAUCUGUCGCGCUCGAAGGCUGCGCCCAUGGGUGGAUCCGCUUACCUCUCGAUCGAGAACACCGAAGAGCCCUACUUGGGCGGCAUCACCUACUCCGUCGUUCCGCCCAUGAAGCGGUUCCGUGACAUCACAGCGCUGUCGGGAGGCGAGAAGACCAUGGCGGCGCUCGCACUGCUGUUUGCGAUCCACAGCUUCCAGCCUGCGCCAUUUUUCGUGCUGGACGAAGUCGAUGCCGCGCUCGACUCGCAAAACGUGGCCAAGGUGAGCAACUACAUCCGACAGCAUGCGAGCGAUCAGUUCCAGUUCAUCGUCAUUUCGCUCAAGGCGUCGCUGUACGAGAGGAGUCAGAGCUUGGUGGGCAUUUACAGGGAUCAGGACGUCAACUCGUCGAGCAGUUUGACGCUUGAUCUGGAGCAGUAUGCCUAG